AGAAGGCCACCACAAAUCACAUUGAGAGAGAGCAAAGCGAGAAUGGCGUCAGGGUGGGGAAUCACAGGGAACAAAGGCCGAUGCUACGACUUCUGGGUGGACUUCAGCGAGUGCAUGUCUCGCUGCCGCGAGCCAAAGGACUGCACUCUCCUCCGCGAGGACUAUCUCGAGUGCCUCCACCACUCCAAAGAGUUCCAACGAAGAAAUCGGAUCUAUAAGGAGGAGCAGCGUAAACUGCGAGCAGCUGCACGGAAGGGCAAAGAGGGUGGAGAGGGCAUUGAUACCCAUCAUCAUUAGUCCAUAAUUGAUCAUCUUCUUAGACUUUGAGAAUAAAGAUUGUUCGGACAUGUUGUAUUCAUAACUUGUUCAUGUUAUUCUGCUUUUGUUUCUCCUGGAAUGUUGUGCACUUCUUUGGCAUGUGCAACGAUACGAAGAUCAACUUGUUUUUCGCUGGAUGCAUAUUGGACACUGAUUUUCUUGGUGAA